GCCCGCUCGAGAACGCCACGUGAUUUCUGCUCUCCUGGUUAUUUUAUUUAAGUACGUAUACGAAGAAAACUAUUAAAAUUAAUUAACCGAAGAGGUUAAGAAGAAAAAUUGUGUUUUGAAGUGAUCUCGGGUAAAGGAAUAAUAUGAGAGUGGAUUCAGCUAACGGUGAUGACGAUGCCCCUGCUGAAACAUCUAAUGCAGAGGCAGUGCCUGAACAUUGCAUCGUUGGUGGUGCUCAUGCUUUUAUUUUAAGGAUAUCGAGUUUCUUCGGCCUGGCCCCGUUGCGCUUCGAGCCAUGUAACAACGGCUUCACGAUCACGCUCUCAAGUGCUAUGUGCAUAUAUAGCUACAUAUUGGUCACUGUUUUAAUAAUCUGCACAAUAUUCGGUCUAGUGGCGGAAAUUAAAGUCGGCAUUGAGGUGUCAAUUCGUAUGACAUCACGGAUGUCCCAACUAGUAUCAGCGUGUGACGUAUUGGUGGUAGCCGUGACAGCAGGUGCGGGAGUUUACGGAGCACCAAGAAGGAUGAAGAAACUGCUGCAGUUUAUGGAACAUAUAGCUUCGGUGGACAACAGCGUUGGUGCUCAGUACUCUGUAGCGACGGAACGCAAACUUUGCGCAGUACUGCUGGCAAUAUUGAUCUUCUUUACCGUUCUGCUAGUCGACGACUUCUGCUUCUACGUUUUGCAAGCUAAGAAGUUGGAUAGACACUGGGAUGUGAUAGUAAACUAUGUCGGGUUCUACCUCCUCUGGUACGUUGUGAUGAUCCUGGAACUGCAGUUCGCGUUUACCGCUCUGUCCCUGCGCUCACGCUUUCAUGCUGUUAACGACGCAAUUGCGCUUACUGCAAAGCUGGUUUCUGUACCAGUGGAAAAGGCAAAAGAUUCAGCUCCGUUGAACAUCUUUGCAAUCCGCGUAGCACCCGCGGAGAGUCAACGGUCUGCCAAUGUGAGCCUGUUCGUCGAUACAACGCCUGGAGAGAAGGAGCCACCUGUCAUUAUUACGAGAAGCUCAAACAACGAACCCCGUUUAGUAGUUUCCGUCUGCGAGGCCAUCCGCCGCCUGGCCGGCCUGCACAGCAGCCUAUGUGAGGUCGUACGACGCAUCGACGACAGCUACGGUUUACCCGUCGUCAUCAUCCUCUUAUCUACUAUGCUGCAUUUGAUUGUUACUCCUUAUUUCUUGAUUAUGGAGCUAAUCGUAUCAAUAAAUAGAGUGCACUUCCUCGUGCUUCAGUUCCUGUGGUGCGCCACUCACUUGCUGCGAAUGCUCGUCAUCGUAGAACCCUGUCAUUAUACCAUCUUAGAGGGUAAAAAUACCGAGGAGAUGAUAUGCAAGCUGAUGACGACAGCGCCGGUGACAGGUACCCUGCCGUCUCGGCUAGAGCAAUUCUCGCGACAAUUGAUGCUACAGAACGUGUCAUACUCGCCUAUGGGCAUGUGCACGCUCGAUCGGCCUCUGGUCGCCUCGAUUAUCGGCGCGGUGACAACGUAUCUCGUAAUACUGAUACAGUUCCAAAGAUACGAGAGCGCAGUAGACUAAUUUCUCGAUAGUAGUGUAACAAUUUGUACCGAGUUUGAAUUGCAAAACGUUUUUAACAAUAUUUGUAAUUUUUAUGAAUACCUACAAUAGCAUAAUUUACUAGUGGUAGGGGCUCCUUACGUAAAACUCACCUGGGUAUCUACCAUCGCGCCACCUACAGCCUUCGUUACCGCUGUAUCCUUCGAGCUCGCCAUUAAAAUAGCAACAGUUUCCAGCUCACCACAAAGGUACCUACUGUGAAAAAAACUCCACCUCUGGUUUCAUCGUCCCUCAGUAGCAAU